UGAACUGCUCUGGCUGCCUGGACCGUCACUAAAAAUGAAGCCACCUCCCACUGUGGAUAAAACUGUCGAGGCCGAUGAGGCGAGGCUCCUGCCACUCACUACUCCUUCCUUUCUGCUGGCCGUCAUCACCGUUGACCCCAUCUGCAAAUCACAAUGGCCGGGAUGAUUGUUAAGAACAUGUCCUUCAAGGUAGGGCAGACGCUGACCAUUGUGGGAAAGGCUCUGCCUGACGCUUCCAACUUUGCACUCAACCUUGGCCCCAAUGAGACGGACAUCACCAUGCAUAUCAACCCACGUUUCAACGCGCACGGAGACGAGAACGCUGUGGUUUGCAACUCUUACCAGGACGGCAAAUGGUGCGAGGAGCACCGCGAGGGAGGAUUCCCUUUCCAGCAGGGGGAGGAGUUUAAAAUCAUCAUUGUGUUCACGCCAGCAGAAUUCCAGGUCACUCUGUCGGACGGCUCUCAAAUCCAUUUUCCCAAUCGCAUGGGCGCAGAAAAAUACUCUUUCAUCAGCUUCAGCGGAGAUGCUCGUGUCACCAGCUUGGAGAUUAAAUAAAUGACGCUCGCCGUAGGAUACUCUCAAACUGGUGUUUGCCGCAAAGCUCAUUUGACCCCUUUUUUUAUUUGCUCACAUAAACAUCCUUUACUUAGAAAAGCACCCAGCAAUUUUACUGGUUUAGUUAAUACCUAUUGAAUAAUUGAUCUAUUUUGCAUAUGCAAAAACAACGGCCUUAGAGAUGAAUGGAUAUUUUAGACAAUAAUAUUGUAGUGCAUUUUAUGAUUGGCUGUAAAAUAACACUAUUUGCAUUUUGUUUUAUGAAAAUAUACUGAAACUA